UGGGUACCUGUUACCUCUAAAGUAGGACAUGGUAUUCACUCACAUGACCAGAUAACAACUCACACUGGAUACACAUAUUGAAAUUUAAUAUUAAAAUUAACAAACAAAGGAGUUUUCAAUAGUUACAAAAUGGCUUCCAAUCUAGAGAAUUCAAUUCACAGAGGAUCAGACUUGUUCUAUGACUUUUUUUGUUUCAUCUGUCAGGAAAAUGAUGAAAGCACGGAGGCUGAGUUUUACUGCGAGAAAUGUUCUAGAUUUUACUGUAGCAAAUGUGUGGAGCAUCAUAACUUUCUUUUCAAGAAGCAUGCAAUUUUGGGAAAGAAAGACAUAAGCAAGUGGCCUGAGAUUAAUGAGGGUGAACCACUUGAAAAAUGUCAGGAGCACAAGAAAGAAAAACUGACAGGAUUUUGUGAGGAUCACAGUCAGCUCAUAUGCCAUGCCUGUCAUAUCCACAGUCAUCAGAAAUGCAGUCAAGUGGUACUUAUAGCUGAAAAAGUGAAAAACCUCCAUCAGAAAGGAGACUUCAAACAUCUGUCAACAACCUUUGAUACACAACUCCAGCAGUUGAUCCGUAAGAAAGAUGACUUUGAGGAAAAUAUAAAGUACCUUGAGAAGUCUUAUAAAAAAAAUCUGGAAGAAAUCAAUGCUUUACGAAAGACAAUUAAUGCUUCUUUGGAUCAACUGGAAAAAGAUACCAAGAAAGAGUUGGAUACAUUUCUGGCCACCAUAAAGACAUCUAUUCAAACUGACAUUGAACAUUGCAAUACGUCAAUAAAAAAUAUAACAAUCUUGAAAGAAGAUUGGUUGAGAAAAAAAGACAAAACUGAAGCACUGAGUUUAAUGACGUACAGAAAAUGCCUCGACCAGUCCCUCAAGGAAGAAGCAGUCUUACAAGAAAUGACAACAAAGAAUGAGAGGACACUAACCUUUUAUCCUGACACAACCAUUCAACCAAAGCUGUCUAGUCUCUCAGGAUUGGGAAAAAUACUGAGCGCAGUGAAACAAUCACAAUCUUCUAAACGUACAACUAAGAACACACUUACCACACGAAAUAAUCCUAAAGCAUCUAGCCAGUCUGACAUUGUAAACCAAACAGCGCCCGGAUCCAAGGUAAAAAAGUGCAAUCCAGAAUCCAGUUCAUCUAGACAGUAUAGCCCUAGAAACCACUCAAGCCAGGUGUCUGAUCCAGUAUCAAGUUCAUCACACCAGCUGAUACAGGGAUUAGAACCAGAUGCAGUUAGCAUGCCUGAUUCAAUCAUAAAAGUGAAGAAUAGUGAAAAGUAUAGUGUGAAGAUAGAGAGGGAUUUAUCUAAUUGCAUUAUAACAGGAAUCUGUGAUACAGCAUCUGGAGAACUCCUCAUCCUUGACAAGGCGAACAACUGUGUAAAGCUCCUGGAUCAGACCUACAGGGUGGUGGCCUAUUGUGAAUUGCCUAGCGAACCAUGGUCCAUGAGCAGCAUUGACUCCAGUCUGGUGGCUGUUGCUGUGGCUAAAAUGCAAAUUCAUUUCAUCAGACUAACCAAUAGUCAGUUGAUAAAAGACAGGACACUGACUUUGGAACAUACCUUCUUUGGUAUUGCCUAUCAUCAGGGUAACCUGUACAUUACAGAUGAUGAAGGUCUGUAUCACUAUACUGUGGAUGGAAGACUGGUGAGACAGAUGUAUAAGGAUGCAUCAUAUGGUAUAGAUACAGCCUGUGCAGUGAGUGCAGAUGGAGACAGGAUAUAUAUGGCCUACAAAUCCAUCUGGUACAGUAAGCAGCUGGUCAAGCUGGUCACACUGUCCAGGGAUGGCACAGUGAUCUCCUUACUGACUGACCCUGCACUGACCACGACACAAUAUAUAUAUAUCAUACCUGGCCUCCAUGUGACAGACUCAGGACAAGUUCUGGUAUGUGUAGACUUCUCAAACGUAAUCAUCCAAGUGGAUAGAGAUGGAAGACAGAGACUUGCAGAGGUGGUUACAGCCAGGGAUGGUGUUACUAACCCGAGAUCUGUCUACUACAGUAAGCGCACAAGCUCACUCAUUGUGGGGAUGUUUAACAAUAAUGACAUAAUCGUGUUUAAGGCACAGUGACUGUUGGGGUAGGAUUAUUUUCAUUUAUAAUAAUUUACACAUUCAUAUAUAAAGUUGUCAUUUAAAACAGUAAUAAAGUUGUGUAAACAAUGCAUAUAAGAAACAGUGACUGUUGGAAUAGAACCUAUUCAAUAUUGCCUCUAUUAAACUAUUACUCUCAAGAAACGAGUCCUAACCAUACCAAUAUCAUUAUAAAAUUUUAAUUAAAAUGUGCUUAAAUAUAAUAUGCAAAAAAUUAAAUUAAGUAAUCAGCUUCAUGUAAACUACAGGUAGUUAGCGUGUGGCAAUGAUAUUUAUUAUUAAAAACAUCAUUUUGAAUGGGAAAAAAAUCGAAUUAUUACAAAAAAUCAACUUCUCUGAAAACAA